UAGUAGUACUGUCAAACGGUUUUUGUUUUCCUCGUCUCGUCAAAUUCAUUUUCACCGUUUCGCCGUUUGGACGCCCGCUCCGGGCUCGCUUGUACCGAAACAACAACUGGCGAAACCGUAAAGGCACAAAAAGCAAUAAGCCCAGCGAGUGAGAAAGAGACGGGAGACGCGUGCGGAUGUCGGGCAGAAAAUAAGCAAAUAUUUUGUGUAAUUUUUGGGUGUAUCAGCGUGCUUCGAGUGCUUCCGAUUCGCAAUUCGCGACACUUUUGUGUCCAAGAGUUCGUUUAUGAGGUGUUUUUUUUAUAGCAACAAGCGACGCAAGCGAAACGAAAAUAAAACAGAGCACCCAAAGUGCAGGAAUGUCGAGGGAAUUUGCAUAAUUUUCGGGUCGACCCAGCCAAAAGUUGUAUAAUACGCUUGCGAAAAGCAGGAGGUAGGCCCGGUUCACCACAAAUGGCCGGGUUAUGCCUCUCCGUUACCUCCAAAUCCACCACCCCAGCUGAGAGCCCAUCCAUGACCCAGACCAGAUCCCAAAAUAUUUCUCAAAAUGUCUAGUGCCCACUACCAGGCACUCGAGCCGCAGACUUCGGACGAGGAUAACGAGGACAUCGAGCGGAGGCCGCAUCAGAAGCAUACCCGCUGCACCGCCGCCACCGCCGCCGCCCCACCACAUCCCAUGGUCAGGAAGGGCAGCGUGGGCGGGGGCAGACGCCGGUGUGUACUGCCCCUGGUGGGUGGCACCCUGUUCUUCAUCGCCUUCUGCUACCUCACCCUCAGCGGGGACACUCGAAUCGCCCUGGGAUUGGGCGGUGCUUCCGAAGAUUCGGAGGAGGCAUCUCACCAGGGACUAGGUAAGCAGCUGUCCCGUUCCCCAGAAUGCCUGUUGCGGUAUACACGCCAAGCAAGACCAGAAUUCCAGGGGUUCGGAAAUAUUUCAGUUCAAGAAACCGAAGUAGAUAAAUUCGAUGUCGAGCUCAAACGUCAAACGACUAAGCCGAAAAAAGACCGAAAAAGGCAUCAUUUUAACCCAAAAACCCAUAGUAUGAAUUUCCGGCCACUCAAUGAAAGUCUCCAUGUGUGCAGCGAAAAUUUUGAGGAUCACCGGCAGUUUAUGCAGGAUAAACCCCGUUCUGAUUACGGACAGUUGCCCGUAAUAUAUUUUGUUACCCCAACGUAUCCGCGCCGCGAGCAGAUCCCAGAACUAACGCGUCUGGCGCACACGUUGCUCCAUGUGCCGCGACUGCACUGGCUGGUGGCCGAUGAUCAGGAGAAAUGCAACGGGUAUAUGGACACCCUGCUCAACCGAUUUGGUAUUCCGUAUACUCACAUGGUGAGCCCGAUGCCAAGCAAGUUCCGGAAUGAAAAACCCGCCCCACGAGGCGUGGCAAAUCGCAGGGCCGCUUUGCAGUGGCUGCGGCAGCACAAUCUCACCAACGGAAUACUAUACUUCGGGGAUGACGAUAACACAUACGACCUUCGACUAUUCACAGAAAUACGGAAAACGCAAAGGGUUUCCAUGUUUCCCGUCGGUCUGAUUGCCGAUUACGGAGUCAGCGGGCCAGUAGUGCGAAAAGGCAAAGUUGUGGCCUUUCUCGACUCCUGGGUGGCAGGUCGACGCUGGCCCGUUGACAUGGCCGGGUUCGCCGUGAGCCUGGAGUAUAUGGCGCAGUAUCCCUAUGUAAAUAUGCCGUACAAGCCCGGCUAUGAGGAGGAUCUCUUUCUGCGCAGCAUCGGUCUGAAAAUGGAUCAGAUCGAACCGCGUGGUAACAACUGCACUGAGAUUCUUGUCUGGCACACACAAACAAAGUCAAAGAAGAUUGGCAUGGUCCGAUUAGAAAGUAAAUAUUUGGACGACCGCUCCAACCUGGGCGCCCUGCUCCUCAAUCUAAAACUAAUGGGCGUGGCAGGUACAACGGAAAAUGAAGGACGCAAUGCACUGAUCAGCAAGAAUGGAAGGGAGAAGUCGCACUCUGCCAUCCUGAGCUGAGUCCCAGGAUCCAACAUCCGGAGAAGAGCCCGAAUAAUACUCAUAGAUUUAUAAAGCUAAAUGUAUUAUAUUUCUAUAACAAACCCGUUCUCGAAUCUUUUGUAGUGUAUCCCAUUUAAUUUUCGUGCUUUAGUUAUCAGUCGUUUUUGUACUGCACAUAAUAUUGAUAUUUAUUUUUACGAUUUGCGGGGUUCUGCCUCUCUGUUCUAGGUUCUCAUUAUAUGUAGUGUUAAUAAAAAUGAUAAAUGUAUUGUUAAUUAGUUGUAGAUAAGUUCGUUCGUGAUAGCAGGAUAGAUAAAAACAGGGAUGGCCACAAAUAUAGCUUCAGGACUCAUUUUAAUAUAUCGUCAUCGCUACCAGUAGGUUGUAAAGGCAGCGUUAAAAGUCGGUGAAUACUUACAUAUUAUACGUUCUAAUUUGCUAAGCAAAAAAAGGCUAUUCUUUUUAAGCCAUUGGGCUUGUUUUAGUUGUUGAUCACACCUCAUCGACUUGCAACACAUAUCAUAAAGCUUGAAUUGACUUACUUAGGUUUUAAAAAACCCUAUAAAGCUAGCGGUUUAGUAAUGGGCAAUAAGAAUGAAAGACCUAUUUAACUUUUAGUAGAAAGCUAAUUUGUACGUAUAAAUGUAGCCUGUAAACCAGUCAAUAAGAUUCUGAGCCAUAAUAAGAAAGAAAUAAAUGCUAGUUUUAUAAAUCUA